AUGUCAGAGGGUUCAAGUUGUUUGGAAGCGUCAGCUCACAUAAAUAAGUCAGGGCCAGAUUACUUCAGUUACUAUACAUGUCAAGUAAAAGAGUUGCUCUCUCAAGAUGAUGAUUCUCUGCCUUUUUCUAUGGACGUAACUGGAAACACAUUAGGGGAGUCUGAAGGCAAGAAUGUAAUUGAGAAUGGUUCUAAUGGUUUGAUUUUCAGCAACAGCGUAGGAGCUGGGCUUUCAGAUUACAAAAAGGAAAGAUUGAAUGCUCUACUUCGGCAGGCUGUGGCAGCUCUUGCACCUGCGGUUGACCAGAUGAUUGAUAAAGCUUGUGACAAAGAGAUGAUUGAUUCUGUUAUCAAAAUGGAUCGGAUAAAAUCAGAGGUCAGGUGUAAAAGGCUUGCAUCAGAAAAUAUAGUUGCUGAGGGUGGUGCAGAGCAAAAUCCCAGUAAGAAACUCAAGAUAUCUUCCUCCUUCUCCUCAACAAGCAACCCUGCAAAUGCGAGUCCUGCUAGUUCUGGAUCUUUUAGAGAGGGUUCUGCAUCAAAAUGCAUGGAUUCUGGAUGCUUGAAUGUUGCUUUACCCAGAGAAGGAAUAUCCAAUGUUGUUCUGAAUCACUGUGCUCAUUGCAGCAUUGCAGGCACCCCUGCGCAGAAGACUGGUCCUGAAGGGAAGGGUGAUGAUGAUAUGCAGUUCUUACUACAAACUGAUAGCUCAAUGGUAGAGAAGGCAAUCAAGAAAUAUUCAGACGAGCUGAUCACCACAUUAGCCCAUAUGGAGAAGCAGCUUGAAGAACUUCUUGAUGCAGUGGUGUCUACAUGCAGACCCAUGAAAACCAUUGAGAAGCAGGAGCUUCAAGAAUUGAUUAAGAAGCUACCACCGAAAAAUCUCAACCGUGUAGCUGAAAUUGUCCAACGUGGCAAGCCAUUAGGUAUGCAGUCUUCUGAUGAAGUUUUGGUUGAUUUGGAGCAGCAGGAUAAUGUUACCCUUCAGAGGUUAUAUUACUAUGUUGAAGCAGUUGAGAAAACUAGGGAACUCUUAUUGUAG